CCAUCCCACUCUUUUUAAGGAAAGCCUCGAUCGGUUGGCGUAUUGGUUGCCCACUGCUUCAUUACUACUCUCUCUCUCUCUCCCUCCGUCACAUAGCCGGCCGAUACCUUUUGCUCGCCUCGAUCUCCAACACGAGUAGCGGUUUUCGCAAGGUUCAGCAGCGGUGGUGCCGAGAACUUGAACCUUCUCCGCCAUUGUCACCGGCGAUGUCUGGGCCUCGACCGACCCGCUCGACCUACCGCCCUCUUCAUCUCCGCAACCAUGACGAUCGCCCUAGUGGUCCGACCACCUUUCCAUCCGAAUACAACGCAACGCGCCGCGGCUCCUUCAAUUCUGAACCUGGUGGACGAACCUACCGCCGUGGUUUCGGACGCCGCGAGGAGCCCAUCCCCUUUGAUAUCGCCGACGCUUCAGCUGACAGUGGCGGGAUUAACUUUGACGCCUACGAUAACGUUCCUGUGGAGGCCAGUGGGGUCGAUGUGCCGCCUUCUGCUGCAAGCUUCGCGGAGAUCCAUUUGGGUGGUGUCUUGCAGAGAAACAUCGAGCGGUGUAGGUACACGAAGCCUACUCCGGUGCAGCGACACGCCAUGCCCAUCUUGAUCGCAGGGAGGGACCUGAUGGCCUGUGCGCAGACGGGGUCGGGGAAGACAGCUGCAUUUUGCUUCCCGAUCAUCUGUGGCAUAAUGAAGCAACCACCGCUGCCGCCUACUGAUCCACCCUACUGUAGCAGUGCUUUUCCUUAUGCACUUCUUCUUUCCCCAACCAGGGAGUUAGCAAAUCAGAUUUAUGAAGAAGCCAAGAAGUUUGCAUAUCAAACAGGUGUCAGAGUAGUCGUUGCCUAUGGUGGAGCUCCAAUUUCGCAACAACUGCGUUCUUUAGAGCGAGGUGUUGAAAUUUUAGUCGCAACACCUGGUCGUUUGAUGGAUCUAUUAGAGAGAGCAAGAAUUUCUCUUCGAGGCAUCAGAUAUUUAGCACUUGAUGAAGCAGAUAGAAUGCUGGAUAUGGGUUUUGAGCCACAGAUUAGGAGAAUAGUGGAGCAGAUGGGCAUGCCCACUCCAGGUAAAAGACAAACAAUGCUCUUUAGCGCGACCUUCCCCCAGGAGAUUCAGCGAUUGGCUUCAGACUUCCUGUCCAACUACAUUUUUUUGUCUGUGGGAAAGGUUGGAUCUAGCACAGGUUUAAUCUCUCAAAGAGUUGAAUAUGUACCUGAUUUGGAGAAAAGAAAUUACUUAAUGAAUCUUCUCCGUGCACAAAGAAAUUGUGGAAGUUAUGAAAAGCAUGGUUUGACCUUAGUAUUUGUGGAAACUAAAAGAGCAGCUGAUAACUUGGAGAGCUGGCUUUCUAGAAAUGGUUUUCAUGCAACAUCUAUUCAUGGUGAUAAAACUCAACUAGAGAGAGAGAGAGCUUUGACAGCGUUCAGAAGUGGUAGAACGCCAAUCAUGGUGGCAACUGAUGUUGCGGCACGAGGACUUGAUGUUCCUCAUGUUUCACAUGUAAUAAACUAUGAUUUACCCAAGAGCAUUGAUUCUUAUGUCCAUCGAAUUGGGAGGACUGGGCGUGCUGGGAAGGCUGGGUUGGCUACUGCAUUCUUCAGCGAUGCAAACCAGCCUUUGUCCAAGGCAUUGGCUGAAUGCAUGGAUGAAGCCAAGCAAGAGGUCCCCGAUUGGCUCCGCAACUAUGCUAAUAUGGCAUCCGCAUAUUCUGACAAGGGAGUUCUUCGAACAGGUGUUUCAAGGUUUGGCAGCAUAGACUAUCGUACGGGUUCAACAAGUGGAAGUCAGUAUUCUGCACCAUAUGGAGUUAAGAAUUCGUGUCGUGACAAUUAUGAUUACCAAAGUUACAGUAAUAAUUCAGCAGGUAAUUCAUAUAAUUAUCAAAGAUAUGGUGGUACUUUGGGUGGUAGUGAUGCUGCUGGAGAGAAUUAUGAAUCACAAAGUUACAGUGCAAAUCCUGCUGGCGGCGUUGCUGUUGAGUUGCAAAAUUAUGGUGCUAAUGCAGACAAAGAUGACAGUAUUAUCGGUGUCAAUUAUGAAUUGCCUCAAGCUGAUCUUGGUAAUUUGCAAAUCAUUCCAACCGGAUGGGAUUGAAUGUUGAGCAAAUUUCUAACUUAGGUGAUAGUACACUAAUACAUGUGGUUCACUGCAAGGCAAUAGUUUACUGAGUUGAUGAUCUUUUGUUUUUAAUUUGCACUUUAACCUUUUGUUUGUUUAUUUACAGAACACCGUUGGUACGUUAAUUAUCACUAGUAAACCUGUCUUCAAGCUUUUGGACAUUGAAUUUCAUUCUUGCAGCUCUUUUUAGUCUUC